AGUGACCACAUUGAGGUCAGCUCUUUCUGCAGAGAAGCGCGAGCGAGGGGAGAUGGCCGGAGGGGAAAGGAUCAGUUGCAGCUCCUGAGAACAGCUGGAACCAGAAGGUAGGGCUGCCUUCAGCUGCCUUCUCACUUUUGCGCCUCCUUCCUCAACUCCAGACACUUUGCUUCUGGGUUCUCGAAGAAAUGGGAGAAUCUUUUGGGCGAAAGACUAAUUUAGGGGUAUGACUUUGUCUGGGCAGUCACCCGCUAAGACCUUAUUUCAUUCCUCUGCAUGAAUAGCUUCUAGGAUGGUCGCCAGAUUCUGUGUACAGAUCUGUAGGCGCAGACCAUCUCCCGACUCAAACUAGUUCGUUAAGAAAAUCCCCAAACUUGGUUCCAUGGGUGCGGUAGUUUAUCUUAAAGUUUUAAGUGUCUACACGCUUAUAGCAUUUAUAAAUUUUAAAUUUAUUGCUGUACAUUGUUUUAAUUGUUUGUUUUCCUUCUGUGACUGUACCCCCAAGUGUGUUUUAUAGGCUGGUUUCCAACCGUAAUAUAUUAUCUAUCUAUCUAUCUGUCUAUCUAUCUGGGUUCUCGCCCUUGCUCUCCUUCUAUCUCCCAUUAAUGUUUCUCUCUCUCCUGCCAGCCUACAAUAUCCUUGAAUCUCUCUCCUUCUUUCCUUGUGAAAACUGAACUUAGAUGUGAGGCUAUCCGUUAGGCAGUUAAAAUCGAAAAAUGUGCCACCAAGCUGAGCCUUUUUUCGUUACAAGGUGGGAAUCGCAACAAAAAGGUGCCAUGUAAUGGCGCACACCCUUCCCUCCUACCACGAGGGCUCCUCUUCUGGCUUGUGUCCAAUAACCAGGCCAUUCCCUCUCCCGGGACUCUAUUGGCUGACCUCAACCAACCUAGCACCCUUGGAUGUUUGGCACUACAAUUCCCACUAGCUUCUGGCUUUAUUUAAGGUGCAUGUACUCUGGCUGGAUUUAGGCAUGAAGGAGCUGUAGCAAAAGUCACUCAGGAAAGGUGGGUUCUGAAGAAGGGGAUGGAUGUGAGGGAUGCAAUGUUGCUCAGGUAAAUUGGGAGACAAUUCCAGGUGAGCAGCAGAGGAGAGAGAGAGAGAGGAAGAGAUGUUGGAGUUAGUCUGUAAACCACGCCAGUGGUUACAGCUCCAGGAGGCAGCAACUGCUUCUCUUUUUAUUUUAUUCAUAUGUUGAAACCUGUUAGUCUUUUCUUGUACUGGUGGGGUUAGGGAGGAUUGGGGCUGAGGAAAGAACUGGCUGUGGACUCAGCAGCAGAGCAGACCCCAGUAUCUCCAGUCAGGCCUGAGAACAUCUUCCAUCUGAAAUCCAGGAAAGCUGUUGCCAGUCAGCUUAGAUGACACUAGCUCCUAGUGGUGCAGCCAUAAAACUGCUAGCACACUUGCAAAGUGAAGCAGGGUCCGGGAUGGUUUUAAAUUGGAUGGAAGACUGUGUGUUGACAUUGCAGAGGGUUGGACUAGACAACCCAGAUCUCUUGCAAUUCCAUGAUUCUAUGAGCUAGAGGGAUCCAGUGAUCAGCAUCCCAUGAGGGCUGGCUCUCAAUGUUUCCGGUCACCCCAGGCCUAUGAUUCUAGACUUUCCAAUGGCAGCACGAGAAGUUGUCUGAGCAACAGUCUCCAGCUUUUCCUCCUUGCUUGGUGAGCCAAGGCCUCGUGAGUUGCUUUGUUCCCUUCAAAUAUCCAAGCCGAGUUCGAAUUGGGUGGGAAUGUGAUGCAUUUGGAUAGCGUUUGACUCCGGGCGUGAAGGCCGUGGGGGAGACCUCCCUCUUCAGGUAGUAAUGUGCAUUGCAAAGGGUGGUUCCAGACCCUACACUGAAAGCAUAAUUUAAUGCACAUUUAUAGCUUAUGACUUCCCCCAGGGAAUCCUGGGAACUGGCAUUUACCCCUUCACAGUGUUAAAAUUCCCAGUGUCUUUAACAGACUACAGCUCCCAGGAUUCCUUGGGGGAACCCGAGAGUCAGAGGCAGGAGAAGGGAGAGAGAGGUCAGGCUGGUGGAGAGUCAAGGGCUUCCAUACCUCCUCCUCCUGCUCCCCUGUCUCCCAGGACCAGCAGAGGACUGAAGUGAGAGGAGCAGAAGGUUACACACAGGCAUAGUCCAGACCCUCCAAGUGUCCCUAUUUUCCCAGGAUAUCCCUGAUUUAGAGAAGCCGUUCCAAGUUCUGUUUUGAUCCUGGAAUGUCCCGCUUUUCCUUAGAAUGUCCCUAUUUUCAUGGGAGGAAUGUUGGAGGGUUUGGAGUUAUCCGACCCCCAAUUCGUGUGACGGCAAUCCUGAAUAGAGAACAGUUUUUAAAAAAAAAAAGUUUAAUGCAGUGCUGCCUCGCAAGACGAAAUUAAUUCGUUCUGCGAGUUUUUUCGUCUUGCGAGUUUUUCGUCUUGCGAAGCACGGUUUCCCAAAGUCUUCAAAAUCACCAAAGUCUUCAAAAACCUCAAAAGGGGCCACCACACCGCGUGCUAUGAGUUGCUCCUCGAAGUCACCCUGGGUAUUAACGGUUUUAAGAAAAAGGAAACAAACUUGCAAGACGUUUUCGUUUUUCGUCUUGCGAAGCAAGCCCAUAGGGAAAUUCGUCUUGCGAAGCAACUCAAAAAACGAAAAACUCUUUCGUCUUGCGAGGCAUUCGUCUUGCGAGGUACCACUGUGUUUUAUUAUGUUUUUAUGUUGGAAGCCGCCCAGAGUGGCUGGGACAACCCAGUAAGUUGUGUGGAGUAUAAAUAGAAAAAACAUAAUUAUGGAAUGGGACGUCCCUAUUUUCACUGGAGAAAUGUCGGAGGGUAUGGUAGUCUUUGCCUGCUUCUGUGCAGCUGGGGUGGGGGAGAUACAUGUGUUGUGGUUUGAGCUGUCCACCCACCUUCCUCUUGCAUUUUCAAGGUUGUAGUUGCGGCAAGAUCGAGCUAUGAGCCAAGUAGAGCUGAUUUGGGGCGCCUUCUCCUUGAUGUUCCUAGGAGCCUUGGUCAGCAUGUGCAUGAAAUGCCAACGGACAGGUAAGGCUUAGCUUUGAAACACGGAUCUGGAUCCGUGUUUAGAGGCUUUCCCCUCUUUCUAUAAGUCCCCAACACAAUGUGAAAAACGAGCCUCAUCUAUGGCCACAAAGAGAAGGUUAAAAUUGUGUGUGUGUGUGUGUAGUUGGACACAACUGUGGGGAAAUGGUGCAGUUGGAAAGCUGAUACUGUGCAGGAUUAGACACCUUAAGCAUACGUGUUAACGAAACCACUGUUGCUCAACCUCAGUUUUGCCUAUCUGUAAAAUGGGCACGACGAUACUGCCCCACCAACCACACUCUGCAAAUGCAUCUACCGCACACAACCUUAGAAUGACCCUGAUUUCCCCCUUUUCAUCUUCUCUUGACAAAUGAUAACUUUUUGCUCUGGACCAUGCUAUGUUAGUUUCCCCCACUCCCACCUUUUGUAUAAUUUUAGCUCACAAAUGUUUGUGUUUCUCUCUCUCCUCCUUGUAGGAGGGAGACAGGAGCAGACAGGCCUGGACAGUCAGAGGAAUCAGUAAGUAGCUGAUCACCAUUGCAUGUCUGAUUCUCUUAUUUCUCUCUGGGGCGUAAGCCUGGGCAGUGUGUAUGGAGGUCCUGGGCUGCCCAGAUGACAAGACGCCCCUCUCAGACUCGCUGAUGUGGUCCAAAGGAAACCAGAGCAAUACAUUUGGCACCAGCUUGGCUGCAGGAGUUGCCAGAAGGGGGCGUAGAAGAUGCCAUCCACUCCAAAUUCACUCUUUAACCUUUUAUUUUCCCAAAGAUAUCCCACAAGGCAACAGGUCCAGAUUGUUCCUCAAGAAAGCCUUUCUCACAAAUGAGCAUAGCUGCAAGGCAGCACAGGUUUUGGGCCAGAGUUUUCUACCCUGCCUUAGCUUUCCCAAAUCGGCAUGUAAAAAAGUUUAAUAAAAUCAAACAGCUUACUAAAACCAUCCCCAGGCUGAGGAGCAGUAACAGUGCCCUUGGAGAAGCAGCACAUUAACCAAACACAGACUGCUUAAGAGGUUUUAUUACAAGCUAGCAGCAUAUAAAUUAAUUAUCGGAAAUGUUUCAGAUUUUUGUUGUUGUUGUGCUAUGAUGCAAAAGGGCUCCUCCAGAUGGCAAUAAUUCAGUGACAUUACAGAAGCAUCCCAGAACAGCUAAGGAAGCAGAAUGAUGUCUGGAAGUUCCAGUACAACCCACAACUAAUGUGCUGUUAUUGCAUCAAGGACAUCAGAUGUCAAAGAAAUAAACAACUAUCUGACUUUCAGGAGACAUCUGAAGGCAGCCCUGUUUAGGGAAGCCUUUACUAUUUGAUUAAUUAUUACAUUUUAAUAUUUUGUUGGAAGCCACCCAGAGUGUCUGGGGAAGCCCGGCCGGAUGGGUGGGAUAUAAAGGUAAAGGUAAAGGGACCCCUGACCGUUAGGUCCUGUCGUGACCGACUCUGGGGUUGGGGCGCUCAUCUCGCUUUAUUGGCCAAGGGAGUCGGCGUACAGCUUCCGGGUCAUGUAGUCAGCAUGACUAAGCCGCUUCUGGCGAACCAGAGCAGCGCAUGGAAACGCUGUUUACCUUCCCGCCAGAGCGGUACCUAUUUAUCUACUUGCACUUUCACGUGCUUUUGAACUGCUAGGUUGGCAGGAGCAGGGACCGAGCAACGGGAGCUCACCCCGUCGUGGGGAUUUGAACCGCCGACGUUCUGAUCGGCAAGUCCUAGGCUCUGUGGUUUAACCCACAGCGCAACCCGCAUUAUUAUUAUUAUUUUGCAGCCAAACACCAAUCUGAAGGAGUCCCAAACCAGUGCCUUAAAUUCUGUCUGGAAGCAAAUUGGUAGGCAAUGUAAACAGCACAGAAUUGGUGCAAUGUGUGCUUUGAGUUCCAACAUUAGUGUUCUACGUCCUGCACUAGUUGACAUUUUCAAGCAGUCUCCAGGGGCAGCCCCACAGAGGCGCAUUGCAGCAGUCUACUCCAUAACUGAGAACGGCUCUGCUUUCUCUCAUUCAGGGAUGCGGAAGCCUGUGGCCUUCCCACUAUCUGCUGCCAGCUUUUUCAGCUGUACUCGAUUAUUUUCCAUAUAUUCAAUAAACGUUUUCCAGUCUUCUUUAAACGUACGUUCUUCUUGUUCUCUUAUUCUGUAUGUUAAGUCUGCAAGCUGUGCAUAUUCUGUCAACUUUAAGUUGAAUUUCUCCCACAUCUUUGCACAUAAUGAAGGGAAUGUAGUUCUUGGCAGCAAAAUGUUGAAAACUAAACACCAAAGAUUCUCCCCGUAUCUUUUCAGUUAUGGAGAGCAGCAGAGGUUUGAGGCGGUCCGCUCCCAUUCGAGUAAGUGUGUUCUUUCCCCCCCAUUUUUGUUUUUUUAUUAUUAAAUAUUUUCUUGGUUUUCAAAAGUAUGUGCAAUGUGUCUCUCUUUUUUUCAAGUAACAUUUUUUACAGAUCAGUUUCAUUUGUUGAGACAUUAGGAAGAAAUGGGGGGGAAGUUGGAGGGGGGGAAAGGUGAGGGGGGUUGGGGUUGGGUGGUGAUGUUUCUCUUUUACUUAAUAUAUGUGAGGUUUUGUGUCAGCGUCGUUUGUGUAGGUUCUCUGCUAUUCACUUGUGUUUCUUUGGUGGUGAGAGAGGUGCAAAUGUGUUAUUUUGAGUUAACUCCCACUGUUUGCUAUGGCCAAAGUGGAUCCAUAUAAGUGAUUGUGCGUUGCACCUGAUAUGUGGUCUUUGGAAACCAUGUUCUGUUUUGAAGGAUGAUGCAGUUAGCCAGCUUAGCCCGGGAUUAGAGAGUUUACCAUCGGGUGGUUGUCUCCACUUCUCCGCCAGUGAUGGAGAGAAGUCCAGAAUCAGCAGCAGAAGCUGAAGCAGGAGAGUGAAAGGAGGGAGGCUGAGAAGCAGAGAUGAGCUGAGCUGGUGAAGAGUCAUGAGCUUCUUCCGCUCCUGCUGUGACAAGUUCAUCUCUCAAGGGUUUGUUCCAAGCAUUUGGAGACUGUGCCUGCGUGCAGCCAACCUCUCCUCCGCCCUUUUCAUGCCUCUUCUGGUUCUGGGAUGCAAGGGCAGAAAGAAGCUGGUCACAGCAGGAGGGGGAGAUACCUGUGAUUAGUACCGAAUUUACGCAUAAGCUAAACAAGCUAUAGAUUAGGGCCCCACUCCCUUGGGGCCCCCCAAAAAAUUAAAGGAAAACAAACCUGAAUGUACAUUUCCAAAAUAUAAGAUAAGUUCAACAAUUACUUUGAUAAAAUACAUAUUUUGUUGUGUGCAAAUGGCUUUAGGUACCUAGUAGGUCCAUAAAUUACCACAUAGCAUAUAUUCAACACAACAAACAGUGACAAUUUGUUGUUGACAAAGGUCAGCUGGACAUAUAAAGGGCCCCAUUACCUUCAGUAGCUUAGGGCCUCAUCAAACCUAAAUCCGGCCCUGCCUGUGAUUCUUCACCAGCCUGACUCAUCUCUGCCUCUUGGCCCAUCUCUGAGUCUGUCUCUGAACUGCUUUCUGCCACAGACUCUCUCUGCUCACUAAGCCCUGUUACCCCUUCAGCUUCUGACACCUCCUCUUCCAAGUCUUCUCCCUCUUCUCCCCUGUCCCACCACCAUUCCCCGGGCUCUGAGCCUUCUUUCCCUUGGGGUUCCCCAGCUGGUUCCUUUCACCAUCCCUCUGCAUCCAACCAGUCCCAAGCAUCACCUCCUAGCAGAAACAGCAUUUCUGCAUUGAUGUAGUUAGUAGCAUUUGAAUCUUUCCCCUCCAAAGGCGUGACUACUUGUUGUCUCUGUCUCUCCUCUCUGAUUUCAGUGUCGAGACAUGACUGUCCAAAAAUCCCAUGUGACACGCCAGGACAAAGGUACGUUGGGCUGCUUUGGCAGCCUCUGAAGGAGACUGUGCUCCAUCAGCCUGAUGCAUUUAUUUCAUUUUUACCCCAGUGGGUGCUUAGGGUUUUGAAUAUGGUUCUCUCCUCCCCCCUCCCUCCCCAUUUAGAAUAUGGUUACCAGAUGUCCCCGUUUCCCGGGGACAGUCCCCGGAUUCACAAAUCUGUCCCAGGGCAGAUCUGUCCCAUCCCCAGAAUGUCCCCGGAUUUAAUUUAAUGUCCCCGGAUUUAUAUUUUAAGUGUUGUAGAUUUAUUAGUAGGGAAUGGAUGUUGUGGGAUUGGUUCAACGGCACAAGACACAUCAUAUGGGGACUUCUGGCAAGGCAAAAUGGCAGACGACACGGCAGCAAGCAGCUCCUGAAGCCAGCCAGAGCCAACUGCACUACCAGGCUGGCUCCGGGCUGCUGAGACUGCCACUGCCAAAGGGGAACCGGGGACGCCCGGCGCGUCAACUGGGGAAACCGCUGACACACACCCCCCCGCAACCCAACUGGAGCCGGGAGCAAGAGUGCCCAGCAACCUGGACAACUGCCCACAGAAAAGAAGAUAUUACUUAUUUUUUAAAACAAAAAACAAAAACUUUAAAAAUAAUCCCCCCCAUUUUUUUUUAAAGUGUCCCUGGAUACUUUGAAAAAAAAUCUGCUAACCUUCAUUUAGAACCAGGUACCACUGCUGAAAAGGUCCUGUGGCCAGUUACCAUCUGCCUGGCCAAGCACCCAGUCUAAGCAGUUGGGUAGGCUUGGGCACACCACCACCAUCUAGCAUUCCUUGCUUUCUUGUAGUCUUUCUCCAUUUCUAAAUAUGUCCCUCUAUAUUUUAGCAAAAGAAGCAAACAUCCAGUCCUUGAAAGUCACCUUCGUAAGUAUUCUUACUCAUUUAACAGGACCUGAAAAGGCCCCAUGAGCCAGACUAAACUCAGGCAUAGGCUUCAAUAUUCUCUCGCUGGAACUGAUGGGCUUUUAAAGCGUGUAAGUCCAAUAGUGUCGUGUCCAUGAUGCUGGCGUGUUUCUGUGAAACAGGCCCCAUGAAAAGCCUGUUUUGGUGAAAUUAAUGGACUAUGCAGAAUUGGAUAAGAUGACAGGAAGGAUUUGAAACCUGCGGGAUCAGAGAUUCUCAGAGGACUGGAGUAAAUAUGUGAACUAUUUGAAAAGCAAUUGUAAUCAACAGACUGCAAGACGUUUUGUAAGGAGGACUAUGCGAAAUAUUGCAGAGAAAAGCAUGAAGAGAAUUAUUAGUGAAGGAUUAUUAAAAGUAAUAGUGAAAUCAAUGAAAUGCAGAUUAAAUGAUAAAGACUGAAAAAUAUUCAGAUGUAGUUGAUGGAAGUCCAAAAACAUUGUAUAAGAUAAGAAAAUAUGUUAUAUGAUUUUUGGAAAUUAUAUGUGUGUGUGUGUAUAUAUAUACACACACACACACACACACACACACACACACACACGCCCAUUUGGGCAACCUCCGCACCACACAUUUAAAGCAGUAUCACGCCACUUUGAACAGGCAUGGCUUUCCCCCCAAGAAUCCUGGGAAAUGUGGUUCACAAACGGUGAGGAGUAGAAACUGGUUAAACGAUAUAGAGAAGCCCCAGGAGGAGUGGCUGAAACCAACAUCCACAUCACUUGAAAACAAGCAUUUACGCAACUCAGCUAAGAUACUGAGGGUAGUAGCAUUGGGGAAUGCUACCUCUGGGAGCAAGCAGUGGUUUGCAUCGCAAAGCAAUACAGAAUUUACAUCAAAAUUGAGGAUUAUGUUCAGGAAUAUUCAUCAUAGACCUUGAAUGUUCCCUGAAGCAAAGCUGCAGGGGCAAUGAGCUUGUGGCUCUCCAAAUAAUAAUAAUAAAUAAUAAUAAUAAUGAUAUUUAUACCCCACCCAUCUGGCUGGGUUUCCCCAGCCACUCUAGGCGGCUCCCAACAGAAUAUCAAAAAUAGAAUCAAACAUUAAAAACUUUCCUAAACAGGGCUGAUGUUGCUAGACCACGAUUCUCACCAUCCCUGAAUAUUGGGCAAGAUGCCUGAUGGGAGAUGGAGUUGGUUAGAACAUGGUGCUGAUAACCCCAAGGUUGCAGGUUUGAUCCCCAGAAGAGACAGCACAGUCUGACCCCCUCUCUCCUUCUGUAAUCUUCAUAGAACCCGAUGGUUGCCAUUAAUUUGAUUCUGAAUUGAUUCUAGAAUGUAUUUUAAUUAAUUGACUGUGCGGUUUUAUGUACACUCUGCUAUUUUUACCUGUUGUUAGCCUCUCUGAGCUCGGCUUUGGCCGGGGAGGGCGGGAGACAAAUAAAUAUUAUUAUUAUUAUUAUUAUUAUUAUUAUUAUUAUUAUUAUUAUUACAGGGUGCUGGACUAGAUUUUCCACUGGGUCCCUUCCGAUUCUAUGAUCCUAACAUCUGGAGGGCCACAGGUUUCCCAGGCCUGUACUGGGGAGACCUCACAGAGCAGCCUCUGAAGAGAGCGACCCAUGGCUGGCAGAUAUUUCUGGGGUCAGAGAGGGAACACUUCCCUCCCCAACUCAUUCUCCACGAUACCCUCAGGAGGGUGACGGUGUUGUAGCCUUUCAAAUUUAGCAUGUUGGGGAAGUGAUGGGGAACAAAACUCUUUUUUGAUUUCUCAUUAUAGAUUUGUAGAGUUGGAAGGGACCCUGAGAGUCAUCUAAUCCAACCGUCUGCAAGGCAGGAAUGUCAACAUACCAAUAAUGCCCAUCUAAUUUGAAACCAUCCCUGCCCCUGCUUAUUGCUUUGCAAAUGUCCAAGCAGUUUCAAUGCUUGACAAACGCCACUCAAACUCGAAAUCACUCAGCAGCCUGUCGAUCCAGAUUUUUUUAAAAAAGGUAUGAGAGGAAGAAAGACCCACAGAUCUCACUGACUUUGGGGGUUAAUGUUCAGAAUUGAAUGGAACCUGUCAGGGAGCUGACAUCGGAGCUCGAGGCGGAGGGAAGGCUCUCAAAUGAUGCUGGAGAAGGGCCCAGCAGGGAGAGAGGCAGCUCCGCAGAGGGGGAAGCUAAUCAGCGCAACACCAGGGAAAGAGAGGGGCUGAUGGGGGAAUCGGCGAGAGGGCUCCAAGACUCUUCACCGGACACCAGCGGGGAGAGCACGGGUCCUCCGCUACCCACGCCCACCCUGCGCAGAAGACUUCCGUGCAGAGAGAGUAGGAGGAGACUGGGUGUCAAGCAACUUUUAUGUUGGAAAAGAUUUAAGAAACGCCCACUGGCCAGAUUCUGCUAGCGACUGAGGCAGCCACGAAUUGAAGGACUGUCCAGACAGAAAGGUUUAACAAGGCAACAUAGCAGGGAGAGAGGCGGCAACUUACGCACGAGCAACCCCAUACCAUUAUAGAACCAUUCUUCAGAUUUUGCACUUUCCAUAUUUUGCCUUUUUUUCUUAUCUUUUAGUACUGAAGUACACAAGUGGAUCUCAAAGGAUAAACAAAAUGUUGACAAAUGCACGCAUUCGCAUAAAAUACAUUUGUCAGUAUGUUGUGCCCGAACAAUGUGUGUUUAAAUAGUAUUCAUAUCAUGUGGAUUUAAAAGUAAAUGUUGAAAUGGGGCGAGGUGGGAUUAUGAACGAACGCAUGCCAAACACAGGCUGAAACAGGCAAAACUUCAUCACACCCAGUCAUGGUUUUUCUUUUCAGAAGCCUGCCCUGAGCCCAGGUAUCAAAAUACUGAAAAAGGUAAGUGCGCUACUUCAGCAUAUCGCAGGUAAAGGAAACGGAUGCUGUGAUUUGAGCACUGACGGGUGCUGGGUAAAUUUCAGAGGGCUAGAGGGGAUCCAGCCCCCUUCGGCCACUGUUUCCAAGAGACUACAAGAGGCCAGGAUUUGUGCAAAACUGGGGUGUGUGCAAUCAGAAGAUGGAAUACCCAUGAAGGGUAUCCCUUUCCCCAUAAAUGGUCCUCUGUUGUUUCUUUCAUGAGUCAACAGUACCAUACCCAUCAAGUGUCCCUAUUUCCCCUGACCAUGCACAGAAUUACAGAAGCUAUCCCAGCUUCUGAUUUCAUCCGAGAGUGUCCCGCUUCCCUGCCUCCAGUGCCACCGCCACUGAGCAUGGGAGGAGAAUGAGCCAGGAUUGUCCCGAAGCAGAAUCCUUCUGCUCAAGAGACGCAUUGCCCCAACUCUCUCACCGCCCUGCCCUGUCCCCUCUCCCUUGCCAAGAGCAAAGCCAUCUUAUGUCCUCACCCUGUGUGCGAGGGCUUGUUGGAUGAACUCAUCUCUCCAUCCUCUGCCAUAUACUUUGGUCCCAGCACCACUGGGAUUUGGAGGUGAAACCUCAGCACAGUUUUCUGAAUUUUAUCUCGAUGAUGUGCAUGGCCUUCAAGCUAACGGUCACUCAAUUGUACUUUCAGUGCUGCAGAUGGAGCAAGAUCCUGCAUAUAUGUAAGUCCAGGAUUGCAGUAGGCUUUGGGGGCAGGAGGGGAGGGUGUUUUGCUUAUUUUGAAACUCUCCUGAUCUCUUAGGCACAGCAGACUCCGUUUUCCCCCCUACAUGGGCCACGUGAAAUCUUGGUCAUAGCCAAUACCUUCUUAUAAUAAAUUCCACAAAUGCCUCCGCACUCAACAUAGCUCAGUUGGUAAUAAUAAUAAAAUAAAAUAAAUAUUUAUUUAUACCCUGCCCUUCCCGGUUCAAAAACCAGGCUCAGCGCGGCUAACAACAAAUUUAAAACAUGUGAUUAUAAAAGGAGCAUAAAAUACAGUAUAAAAACAUGAAUAACAAUAAAAUUCAAAAAUCAAUUAGAUAAUCCCCAGGGCUAGCUGGCUGAAUUGGUCCUACUUGGGCCAGCGAGGAGGCCAGGGGAGAAUUAGCUGUGGGGUCUCAGAGCGGGUGAUCUUCAAAAAAGGGGAGGGGGAGGGAAGAGAAGGGAAAUAAAAGAUCAGGCUGAAUUCAAAUUAAAGGUUAGAGCAUGGCGCUGAUAAUGCCAAGGUUGCUCCCGUAUGGGGCAGCUGCAUAUACCUGCAUUGCAUGGGGUUGGACUAGAUGAUCCUCAGGUACCCCUUCCAACUCUUCCACGUCUAUGAUUCUAUGGUUCACAGUCUAAAUUCAGUAGUACCAUAAGGGUACACAAUGAAAAGUAUAAUGUCGCUGCAGCGUAACGUUUUUUAAAAAACAAAUCGACCCAAAUUAGCAGUUCCUUUAAUGUACAUCAAUAUUGAAGGGAGCAUAAAGCUCUGGUAAAAAAUAUCCAGUAGCUUCACACCCAAAACUAGCCCCUAAACUGCCCUACAUGAAUAUUUAUCAAACUGUUCCCACAGUCUUUUUGUGCCCCCUAUGAGGUCUUCUGGAAGCGGCUUCCUUCGGAAGGCUUCUAGGGUCAGAUGGAAAGAGUGGUCCAUCAAAAAACUGUAUUUCUUUGGCCCAGAGAGUCUCAAAACGCUUGGCGUUGUCACUGGGGUGGAAAGCAUUUCAGCUAUGGCCUCUUCCAAUGCCUCCUGCCUCUCACAACACCGCCAUCUUGGAUGGCUUUACAAGAGGAAUAGACAAAUUCAUGGAGAUGAAGGUUACAAAUGGCUGCUAGCCAGGAUUGUUCUGUUCUGCCUUCACAGUUGGAGGCACUAUUGCUUCUGAAUACCAGCAGCUGGAAACUGCAGAAGAGGAGAGGACUCUUGGGCAACUGGUUGGCCACUGUGAGAACAGGAUGCUGGCCUCUUCUUACGUUCUUCUUAGCACUUCACCUCAGAAAACAGGCACAAUAAUGCAGGAGUGUAGGCCAUCUUUACUGGUCUCACAUGCUCCCUGUACCAGGGACCAAGCCUUUAGUAUGUCAGGACAGUGCCCUGUGGAACUCCUGGCCAAUAGAAGUUCACCAGGAGCCACCCUUGCUCGCUUUUCUAAAAACUGUAUUAUUCUGACAGGCCUUUCGGGCCUAAGAUUAUUUCCCAACCGGCUCUUGCAGGUGUGCCUGACGGCUUUAUUGUAAUACUGUGUUUUUAGUCUUUUUGUGGCAUUUCAUAUGGAGGUGCCAGUGAUAAAUAAAUGUUGGAGCUGCGUAGCAAAUGCUUCCUGGGCAAGUCACAGUGCCUUUUCGGUAGCCAAAAUAUUGAGCUUUGGGUGGAAAUCCUUCCUUCUGACUCCAUAAGGAUUUCCUGCCCCCCUCCCUCUUCUUCCCUCUUCUAGCAAACCAAUCGAUGCAGAUAUUUAUUACAACUGUGGGAGUUUCGUAAGGCAAUCCAGUGGUAAGUGGACGAGACAAGAAUACAUAGAUGAAGGGUGUGCAGUUUGGAUGUGUGGAGGGUCCUGGAGAUACCGUGCUCAGCGCACCCAGGGGCUGGGUCGGGGACACACGACCACAUCCCUCCUCCUAUAUGCAUUCAGCCAAGCACCUAAUCGAUACUAGGCUUCUUUUUUAUGCUAUGUUGAUUCUCAAAUAUUUCCUCUUUCAGAUGAAGAUACCUACUCUUAUCAAAACGUGGCUGGCCCAUCAAGAAGCAGUGGGCUUGGUAAAUUCUAUUUACUAGGGUGUUUAUCUCUCCACUUUCUAAACACCAGGCAUAAUUUCAUCAGCCCAGCCUUGUUAAUAAGGAUUAUAAUUUGUUGUCCUAAAUGGGGUAACUGUGCCCCCGAAGGACCAGGUGCGCAGCCUGGGAGUCAUUUUGGACUCACAGCUGUCCACGGAGGCACAGGUUAAUUCUGUGUCCAGGGCAGCUGUUUAUCGGCUCCAUCUGGUACGCAGGCUGAGACCCUACCUGCCUGCAGACUGUCUUGCCAGAGUGGUGCAUGCUCUGGUUAUCUCCCGCUUGGACUACUGCAAUGCACUCUACGUGGGGCUACCUUUGAAGGUGACUUGGAAACUGAAAUUAAUCCAGAAUGCGGCAGCUAGACUGGUGACUGGAAGUGGCCGCUGAGACCACAUAACACCGGUCUUGAAAGACCUACACUGGCUCCCAGUACGUUUCCGAGCACAAUUCAAAGUGUUGGUGCUGACCUUUAAAGCCCUAAACGGCCUCGGCCCAGUAUACCUGAAGGAGCGUCUCCAUCCCCAUUGUUCUGCCUGGAUGCUGAGGGCCUUUUGGCGGUUCCCUCACAAGCGAACCACAUGACCUUGCCCACCAGCACACACUCCAGUCUCCUUCCUCUCCCAGUUUUACACACGUACCCCUGUAAUAACCAGCUAGCACUGCAUAGUUGUGGUGGGGAAUGUGGGCCACUGAGCAUGCUCAGCCCUCGUUGGGCUGCUCUUUCGGUUUCCAUGGGGUCAAGUCUGCUGAGACAUCCCUCCAGAAUGUGGGUGGUGCCAUUUUGGCUACAUAAGGAAUGGCACUCAGAGCCAUUAAAUACAGAGGAGUCUAUGAUGGGGUCGAGAGAAAAGAAGUUUGGAAGUAAGCCUGCGAACAAACAAUGCAAUUGUUUCAAUGCAAUUGUUUCAGAGCAGCCAUUGCUUCUUUCCCCAAGAAUCCUAGUUGCCUAACCGGUUACCUAUAGGACCUGGAUGAGAUUUGCUCAGCCGGCAAUCUUCAUCUUGUUUGACAUUUUAAGUCCUUGCAGUUGUUUGUUUGUUUGUUUGUUUGUUUCUUUGCUUGUUUCUUUUUACAAUUGUAAGUUGCUUCGAGACAUUUUAUGUAGUAAUAAUAAUAAUCAAAUAAUUUCAGCUCCCUCCCCUGACUGGAUUCUCUUUCCUUUCUGUAGUCUUGGCAGAUGUGGAUGUCUAUGAAAACAGCACGACGAUCCAGAUAUGGAAGCACUCGCAGAUUGCAGGUGAACGAUGGGCUGCAAAUUCUCUUAGAAAUCAUCUACAAUCUCAAUUCUUUGAUGACAUGAUGCAUGUCAUGCGUGACUUGGCUAACUUUCUUGAGCUAUCUGCUCUGCACAUAAAGCAUUUUCCUGCUUUCUAGCUAUGGAAUGGAUUGUAUUGAUCUACCAGCCCGUAAAAGUAAGCCCUGAUAACAAAAGCCAGAGUUUUGUUUUUCCCCUUCUGAAAGAUGAACUAAAUUUGCAUCUGUGCAUUUAAAUUGCUGUAUGGCCUGUUUGCAUUGUACAGUGGUACCUCGGGUUAAGAACUUAAUUCGUUCUGGAGGUCUGUUCUUAACCUGAAACUGUUCUUAACCUGAGGUACCACUUUAGCUAAUGGGGCCUCCUGCUGCCGCCACACGAUUUCUGUUCUCAUCCUGAAGCAAAGUUCUUAACCUGAGGUAUUAUUUCUGGGUUAGCGGAGUCUGUAACCUGAAACGUCUGUAACUUGAGGUACCACUGGACUGAACUACGGUUUAGUUUGAUGGUUGAAGUCAGCUAUUGCAUCUAUAGGACUCAGAUAUCUGGGAAGUUUUCCUAGGAUGAACACAAUAAACUGCCCAAGACCACUUUACUUCAGCAGAAUGAAGUUGUGGUAGAUCAUGCCCCUAGCUAAUUAGUGCAUGAUUGGGAGGGAGACAUGUGGAGAUUUUUACAUCAAAAAUGUCUUGGACCAACCCUGGAAUGUUUUUCUCAAACCAGAAGACUCUGACGACGAUGAAUCAGAUUACAUCAAUUCACAUCCAAACUGCAGGUAAUUUAUAUGUGUGUGUCUGCUUUUUUCUCCCUGCCUCUGGCAGACGAGUGUAAAGCAAGCUUCCACAAGCUGCUCCCCUCCAGAUGUUUUAAACUAUGGCUUUCAUCAGCCCCAGCCAGCACAUGUGGUCUCAGGCUAGUGGGAGUUGUGGUCCAAAACAUAUGGAGAGGAAGUCUGCACGCAGUCACUGUCUGCUUGAGAACUUUCGAUGGCUUCUCCCUCAGCUCACUUUGUUCAAUGGUUCAGUGUUAAGAGCAUGUAGUUAUACCCCUAAGGUCCCAGAUGCAAAACCUGCCUAAUAUAGAGUGCGGCAAGGGGACUCCUUGCAGUUAGAAAUCUAGCACACCAAGGACAGAGCUUCAAGCCCCGUCCUUUGCCUGCUGUGAUUUUUUUUAGUUGCAGGGAGGGUUUUUUUUGUUAGUGUGAGCAUUAAAAAAAAAUUGCUAUCCAUCCCCUAUAGUCUGAAGUGGUCCAGUACUUUCUGUCACCUCAUACUUCUUGCAUGAGUGAACUGGACUGCUGGCAGCAAGAUUAGGAUAAUAAUAAUAAUAAUAAUAAUAAUAAUAAUAAUUUAUUAUUUAUUAUUUAUACCCCACCCAUCUGGCUGGGUUUCCCCAGCCACUCUGGCAGCUCCCAAUUGAAUAUUAAAAACACAACACAGCAUUAAACAUUAAAACUUCCCUAAACAGGGCUGCCUUCAGGUGUCUUUUAAGAGUAGGAUAGUUGCUUAUUUCCUUGACAUCUGAAGAGAGGGCGUUCCACAGGGCGGGCGCUACCACCGAGAAGGCCCUCUGCCUGCUUCCCUGUAACCUCACUUCUCGCAGUGAGGGAAUCGCCAGAAGGCCCUCGGAACUGGAUCUCAGUGUCCGGGCUGAAUGAUGGGGGUGGAGACGCUCCUUCAGGUAUACAGCACCGAGGAAAGACCUUCAGCUCAGAUGUCGGGAGAGCUAUAUAGGAAGCUGCCAUCUAUACUAAGUGGGCUGACUAGCUCCAUAGAUUAUCCUGGCUAGCAGCAGUUAAGAGUUUCUCCCACCUGGAGAUGCCACUGGGAACUGAACCUGGGACCUUUAGCAUCAAAAGCAGCUGCUUUACCACUGAGCCAGGGCUCUUCCCCUUUCUGUUCUGCUGUCAGAGUAGCCCACAGGUUGGCAAUCUGCAGCUGCUACUGGCCCUCCAUCUCCUUUGAUGCCUCCCCUAUGUUCCACAAAAGAAAAUGGAAGAAAAUGGUGAUGGUUGAAUAAGGGAGAGAAAAGGGGUGUUCCACUCACUUUUCUUCUUUGAUUCACCGCCAUUGGUUGGUGGCCCCUGACCACUUUCCUCCAAGUGAAUGAGGCCUUCAGCUCUGAAAAAGUUGCCCAAUCCUGUGUAAACAAGACUAGGCUGGAGUGACUUGAGCUUCUCGCAUCCUUCUUCUCAAACUUUUUUGGAGCUCUGAGCCAAUCCUUUAGUUCAGUUAUUUCACAGCCUCCCACGUUUUGGGGUGGGGAGACCCAAAAGGGAGAAAAGAAAUGGGAAAAGCCUCAAACCUAGGAAAACCUGGGGAUGCCCCAUACAACCGGCCAAAUCCAGAUGCAUAGAACUUGGAAGGGAUGGAGAUGAUAACAUGUCAGGCAAGAGCUCAGGAUUGCAGUUGUUUGCAAGCAGAACAUGUCGCGGCGAGGAAGGCUAAUGCCGUUUUUGAGUUCCUAGAGCCAUGGUUUCCAAGUCAGAAUAGGUAGUAAUUUUACUGCAAUAGAAGAAGAGUUUGGCUUUGAUAUCCCGCUUUAUCACUACCCGAAGGAGUCUCAAAGCGGCUAACAUUCUCCUUUCCCUUCCUCCCCCACAACAAACACUCUGAGGUGAGUGAGGCUGAGAGACUUCAGAGAAGUGUGACUGGCCCAAGAUCACGCAGCAGCUGCAGGUGGAGGAGCGGGGACAAGAACCUGGUUCCCCACUCUUAACCACUACACCUCUUCUGGAGCACUGUGUCCUGUUUGGGGGCCCAUACUUUUGAGAGUACAGAUCAAUUACAACAGGUUCAGGACAGGGCAAUGGAGGGAAAGGUCUGACCAGGAAAGGUUGGAGGAAUUGCCUGAAGAAGAAUACUGAGCGAAGAUGAUUGCAAAGUUGCAAUAUCUGAAUGGUUUCCAUAUCGGUGAAGGUUGGUCUCUGCUGCUGCCCCGGAGGGCAGGACUAGAUUCACUUAAGUUGCCCGCAGGAAGAAUGAGUGGGGUGGGUCUCUUGCAACAGAAGCAGCAUCUUGACUGCAAGAAAAGUUCAACAAUGGGACAAAAUGACCCAAAAGGGAUGGAGGACCUCUUGGUUGUUGGAUGUCUUGAAGUACAUGCUGGAUGGCCAUCUAUUUGGGAUGCAUCAAAUGGGGGAUUCGACUUACAAGAUCCCCUAAAACUCACCGAGGUUGUAAAGAGUCCUCUUAUCUAUCCACCCUCUUCCCUUUAGGUUUCCUGCCUAAGAGCUGGCGAAGAGAACUUUGGCAGUCGUUCAUUCUACAGUCCAGGGAACCUGGCCACUUGCAGCUAGUUCCUGCCUUGCAGUUCAGCUUCAAGCAAAUUCAGCGAUGUGCACCUCACCAAGGCAGGCCACUCUCCAAAAAGAGUCCACUGGAAAGUGUGUGCGUGUGUUAAGGGGGAGAGAGAUUGUUCAUAAAUGAAGUAUGAGCAAAUGGCAAUCUACAUUUCAUUUUCUUGCUUUAUUUGUUCUGUCUGUUAGCCAGAGCAAAGUCUAUUGUAUUCUAAGCAGUUUAGAAAAUAAAAGAAGCAAG